AUGACGGUGAACCCGAGCUUCACCGAGUUGGUCGUCCACACGGUCCUCUACAGCUAUGAAUACAACUCUCGAGACAAAGGCUCGGAGAACGGGCUGAUCGGGAUUCGGGCUUCUGUGGCGGGAACUUAUAAGGUGCUGUUCAACGAACCUGAGGGCGUUCUCUUCGGCUUCCCUUUCCCGCAAACUCAAAAGCUCACCGAAUCGCUCCUCCGUUCCAAGCUCGAAGAGGCGCUAAAAACAGUCGAAAAACUGGGCUUCGACAUCGCCAAAAGCGGGCGCGAGCAGAUGGUCAACGAGCUCAUCAAGUUUUAUCGGCAACUUGUGCAGAUGUACGAAGAUCGAAGCCACGAACCGGUCAACCUGACGAUUUCCGAGUUGCGCAGGGCCGCCCCGACGUACGACUGGAAGUACCUGAUCGGCGUGCACUUGCCGGAGACGACGGAGGAAACUGAGGUCGAGGUCAACUCGCUGGAGGACAUCAAGGCGCUAUCCAAGAUUUUGCAAGAAGCCCCGCGCGAUGUCCUCCCGAAUUUCUUGUUCCUGAACUGGGCGCGCCAUCUGUCGAAGCGAGACGUGUCUCGUGAGCGGCUUGGAUGCCGGCGCAGGCUGCUCCACUACUUCUCGAAACUCACCGAGCACUUGGCCCUUGGGACGAUCAGGUCGACGAGUGACGUCGAAGACGUUAGGAACAUCGGCAAGGAGAUGCGCCACAUCUUCCACGAGAUUUUUGACGCGAACACGUGGCUGGAGCCGGAGACAAAGACCAAGCUCAAACAAAGGUUCGACGACAUCAAGCAUCGCUACGGCUACAACACCCACGCGCUCGACCGGGAGCUCGUCGAGAAAUUUUAUGACUGGGUGCCCACCCCGGAGAAGUGGAACCACAUGUCGAUGAUGCGCUUUGAGGAGCGAGCGAAUUGGUUUGUCGACAGAAUGGACCUUCUCGGUGAUCUGAACUACGAGCCUGCCCUCGACUUGAACGCGUUCAACCGGAACAACGAGGAGAUCAUCAUCCCCCUCGCCAUCAUCACCCCUCCGUUCUACCAUCCGGCCUGGCCGCUCGAGUUCAACUACGGCGGCAUCGGCGAGAUCAUUGGCCACGAGUUGACGCACACAUUUGAUGACGUCUCCGACAUGCCCCCGGGGAAUGUGGGCAACGACACGGACGAGUACAAGGAAAAAGAGCAGUGCUUCACGGACCAGUUUGGAAACGUCGUCUACUCAAACCCAAGGCUCAAUAUCACCAUUCAGGCCGAUGGUUUCAAACAGCACAAGGAGACGAUCGCCGACAACAACGGGUUACGGGCGACUUGGAGGGCCUACAAGGAGAAACGCCAGAAGCUCUACGGCCGCAACCCCCCGAAGCUGCCUGGCCUUCAGGAGUUCACCAACGAUCAGCUCUUCUUCUUGGCCCAUACCCAGGUGGAAUGUGGUCGCCAGCCCACCAUCUACGCACAAUUCCGAUAUCACUGGAUUGUCGCCGUGCACCCGGUUGGCAACGUUCGCAUCAACGAGAAGCUCAAGAGCUUUGACAGCUUCGCCAACGCCUUCAAGUGCAAGCUGAACUCGACGAUGAACCCGACGAAGCCGGACUGCCGCAUCUGGCGCCACUAUCAU